GUGGUGGUGGUGGGUGCGGGUUACGGUCAAGCUACGUGAAACGCUACAGCUAAUAUAAUAUUCUCAACCCGACUGUAAUACAUAAUCCUAUUUCUUAAAACAGAGAUAGUACUGGAAUUCCGGGUUACGUAGAAGAAGGGCAGAGGAACUUAUCACAGCGGUGGUGACGGCAAUGGUGGCAGUAAUGGUGGUGAUGGUGGCAGCAGUGGUGAUGGUGCAGGCAGUGUCAGAAGCAGUAGAGAGGACAGAGCCAAGGAUAUAUCGUCGGCAGGUUUUCCAGAACUGUAUUUGUGUCCCCAACAUCGACUGCUACACUGAAAACUCCAGCUGGAGCGGCUGCACCACCUUUGGGCAUCUCUGCUGUCCACCGGAAUUCAUAGGAAAUGUACCACUUUAUGUUGCAGAAGACGCAUCUGCCUGUAUCUGCGUCGACAGGGGCUCAUGUUUUACGGACCUGCUGAGAAGAGGGUUUCCUGCCUCGAGUAACAGUCAGCGCUGCUCCGGGCCAAAUGAUGUCUGCUGCCCCAGGGACUCCGUGGGAACACACUCGGUUAUCACAGAUUCAGCUCCUCAGGCGCUGGUCACGGUCACACGGGUCGUCACAUCUUCGCCUUCACCCCAGGUUACGGUGACACGUGUCAUUACAUCUUUACCCUCGCCCCAGGUUACAGUUACACAUGUCAUCACAUCUUCGCCUUCGUCAGUGGUUACACCCGAGAACGUGGUCGCCACCCUGCCUGGGGCUUCUGUAGGUCCUGGAAGUACAGGCGAGCCUUGUUCCACGACUGGCACUCCGGAGGGAAUAUGCCUUCGCUACACUCAGUGUGAGGACCAGCUGUCCCAGCCCGUGAAGCUGCUGACGAUACUACAGUUUCUUCAAAACUACGGCUGCGGUGUCGACAGUAAUGGAGACGUAAGAGUGUGUUGCCCAGUAUAAAACAGCUUGGACGACCAGAGAUGAUCUUCCUCAAGAUCAGCAAGGACUGUUGGCUUCAGGGAACCUCUAAUGAUGGAC